AUGCAUCACUGUAAGCGAUACCGCUCCCCUGAGCCAGACCCGUACCUGAGCUACCGAUGGAAGAGGAGGAGGUCUUACAGUCGGGAGCAUGAAGGGAGACUGCGGUACCCGUCUCGAAGGGAGCCUCCGCCCCGGAGAUCUCGGUCCAGAAGCCAUGACCGCCUGCCCUACCAGAGGAGGUACCGGGAGCGUCGGGACAGCGACACGUACCGGUGUGAAGAGCGGAGCCCGUCCUUCGGGGAGGACUGCUACGGGUCUUCGCGUUCCCACCACCGGCGGCGGUCGCGGGACAGGGAGCCAUACCGGCCCCGCAAGCAUGCCCACCACUGCCACAAACGCCGCACCAGGUCUUGUAGCAGUGCCUCCUCGGUGAGUGGUGGCCGGGGUGUGCUGGCUGGGGCACGUGUCCCUUGCAAUAUCCCUAUCGUUAUAUAUGCUGUGUGCCUUAUGAAAUGCUGGGAUCUGGAAAAUCCAACCAACCAACCCGCCGGCUCCUCACCGUCUCCACCUCUGCCUUUGACUGACACCUCAAUCUGUCAAUCGGAACCGCCUACCAUGCGAUGGGUCGGAUGGCGUUUCGGGGGGCGGUGCAUGCAGAGAAGCCAACAGAGCAGUAAGCGCAGCAGCCGGAGUGUGGAAGAUGACAAGGAGGGCCACCUGGUGUGUCGGACCGGCGAUUGGCUCCAGGAGCGAUAUGAGAUCGUGGGGAACUUGGGCGAAGGCACGUUCGGCAAGGUGGUGGAGUGCUUGGACCACGCCCGAGGGAAGUCUCAGGUGGCCCUGAAGAUCAUUCGCAACGUGGGCAAGUACCGGGAGGCCGCCCGGCUAGAAAUCAACGUUCUCAAAAAAAUCAAGGAGAAGGACAAAGAGAACAAGUUCCUGUGUGUCUUGAUGUCCGACUGGUUCAACUUCCAUGGGCACAUGUGCAUCGCCUUUGAGCUCCUAGGCAAGAACACCUUUGAGUUCCUGAAGGAGAAUAACUUCCAGCCUUACCCCCUGCCGCACGUGCGGCACAUGGCCUACCAGCUCUGCCACGCCCUCCGAUUUCUACAUGAAAACCAACUGACCCACACAGACUUGAAGCCAGAGAACAUCUUGUUUGUGAAUUCAGAGUUUGAAACUCUCUACAAUGAGCACAAGAGCUGUGAGGAGAAGGCAGUGAAGAACACCAGCAUCCGAGUGGCUGACUUCGGCAGUGCCACCUUUGACCACGAGCACCACACGACCAUUGUGGCCACCCGUCACUACCGUCCACCUGAGGUGAUCCUUGAGCUGGGCUGGGCACAGCCCUGCGAUGUCUGGAGCAUUGGCUGCAUUCUCUUCGAGUACUACCGGGGUUUCACACUCUUCCAGACCCACGAAAACCGAGAACAUUUGGUGAUGAUGGAGAAGAUCCUAGGGCCCAUCCCCUCACACAUGAUCCACCGUACCAGGAAACAGAAAUAUUUCUACAAAGGGGGCCUGGUUUGGGAUGAGAACAGCUCUGAUGGCCGGUAUGUGAAGGAGAACUGCAAACCUCUGAAGAGCUACAUGCUCGAGGACGCCUUGGAGCACGUGCAGCUGUUUGACCUGAUGAGGAAGAUGUUAGAAUUCGACCCUGCCCAGCGCAUCACACUGGCGGAGGCCCUGCUGCACCCCUUCUUUGCCGGCCUGACCCCUGAGGAGCGGUCCUUCCACACCAGCCGCAACCCAAGCAGAUGACAGGCGGGGCCCCCCCUCCGGGAGCUGGACAGCGGGAUGUGGCUGCCCGGCUUUCUCUCCACCCUCCACCACCGGGCCCCAGGGCCAGAGCCACCCAGCGAACAGUGCAAUGUGAAGGAAGGCCGGAGCCUGCAGGGGACAAGACUGGAUGAUGCCCAGCUGCCAGAAAGCACAGAUUUGACCCAAGCUAUUUAUAUGUUGUAAAGUUAUAAUAAAGUGUUUCUUACUGUUUGUAA